AUGAAUUCCAACAGGGCUUGCAGGUGUGUGGGGCUUGCAGGUGCGCGCUGUGUGGGGCUUGCAGGUGUGCGCUGUGUGGGGCUUGCAGGUGCGCGCUGUGUGGGGCUUGCAGGUGCGCGCUGUGUGGGGCUUGCAGGUGCGCGCUGUGUGGGGCUUGCAGGUGCGCGCUGUGUGGGGCUUGCAGGUGUGCGCUGUGUGGGGCUUGCAGGUGCGCGCUGUGAGGUGGGGGAGAUGAGGGACAAAUACGAGCGCCUGCUGGCAGCCGUGGCGGACGCACAGGAGAGAGCAGCAGAGUGUGCGGAGGCGCUGCACCAGCUGGCGGCAGUGGUGGCGGAGGCGUUUGGCGGCGUGGAGGAGGGCGGCGCCGGGGACACCCUCGUGGCCGCCGCUGCUGUGGAUGGCCGCCUGGCCGAGCUGCUCUACUUCUACAGCCUGCACUUGCAGCAGACACUGGCGGAGCCGGCAGAGGCGCUGCUGGGGGAGAUGCAGCACGUGGUGGAAACGAAGGAGCUCUACGAGCAGAAGAGGAAGGCGCAUGCGGCAGCGGCAGUGGCGGCCAAGGCAAGGCGCAGAGAGGCGGCCGCCAUGGGCGCAGGGGGGGGCGCAGGGGGGGAGGCAGAGGGGGCGGGGGGGCCGGAGGAGGAGGAGGCGGCGGCGCAGGAGGAGUUUGACGAGGUGGCGAUGACGCUGGGGUGCCGCAUCCUGGCGCUGCAGCAGCGCCAGCCGCGCCUGCUGCUCACCCUCGCCGUCAAACACCACGCCGCCAAGGUGCGGUGGGUGCGGGGCAGUGCAGGGGAGCUGCAGCGAGUGCAGCCGCACAUGCUGCACGUGCUGGACGACCUGGGCCUAGCGCACACACCGCUGCUGGCGCCCGUCGCACAGGGGGACGUGGACGAGUGGGGCGACGAGGGGGGCGACGAGGGGGGGGCAGGCAGUGCAGUGGGCGCGAGGCAGAUCUGCCUCGAUGCCUUGAGCGUGCCACCCGCAUCACCUCACGCCCCAGCUCAAGGCCUCGCCUCUCCCCCCUCCCCCCAGCACGCACACCCCUCCACACCCGCACACAUCGCUGCCACCGCUCCUGCUGCCCCCGCCCCCUCUGCUGCCUCUGCACCACAUGCGCCUGCCACGCCUCCUGCUGCACCCGCGCAUGCACCGCCACCCAUCCCGCCCUCCACCUCCACGGCACCUGCGCCCUCCCCUGUCAUGCCGCCCGCCCCCACCUCUGUCAGGGCAGAUGCCCCUGGCCCAGGGGGGGUUGGGCGAGGCAACGCGGUGAGUGGCGGCACAAGGAGCAUGCCUCGCAGUGUGGGCGAGGGAGCAGGCAUGCAAUCAGGAGGCGUGCUGCAGCAGCCACAAGUCCAUGGAGACUCGCCCACAGCACCACCACCACCACCGCCGUCUCAGGGCCGGCAUCGCAGCAGCAGCAGCACGGGGGCGGGGGGAGCAGUGCGGCCAUUGCUGGGGGCGUCCAAGUCGGGUCCCAUCUCUGCCGCCGCCUACCUGGGCGCUCUCGCUGCCUCUGCUGCACCUCUGGGAGGGCCGCUUGUUGCUGCAGCCGCCACAGGGGGGGGCAUGGGGGCAGCAGGCAGCAGAGGGGCGGCAGUACCGAGGGGAGCGGGUGCAGGCACGGCGGGGCGGGGCAGAGCGCCUCACAUGGAGCCCUUUGCAGCGCAGAUGUCGGGCCCUCUCCCCCGCCCGGAGUCCUUGCAGGGGCCUUGGGGCAUAGUCUCUGCCACCCCACCCACACCGCCUGCACCUGCAGCAGCGCCACCUGCUGGCCCUGCCACCGCUGCUGCUGCCGGGUCUAAGCCCACCCCAGGCGGCGCCAAGCCUACGCCUGGCGGCCCUUUGAUGCCAGGCACAGCGCAGGGGGCUGCUGUGGGUGCUGGCAUGGGGGCAGGGGCUGGGCAAGGUGCAGCAAGCGGUGGCACUGGUGGAUCAGCAGCAGCAGCAGCAGCCGCAGCCGGUAGGGGACGGGGAGCAGGGGGUGGUGGUGGGGGCGUGGGCAGCAAUGCGCCAAGGGCGCGAGUGAGCAUGUCGGGACCCAUUCUGCGCGGCUCCUACCCCUACGGCACAGCAGCCCUCUCACCCCGACCCAUGCUCGCCACAGCCACCGCUCUGCCCACUGCGCCUUGUGCUGCUGGAAGCUCCACGCCCUCUGCACCCAACCCCUCGUUGCCCUCCCCGCCAGCGCCAGCACCAUCAGCACCACCAGCACCAUCAGCAGCAGCAGCAGGAGCAGCAGGCAGAGCCCCAUCUGCGGUGCCUGCCGCCCUGCGCGUGCCACAGACCUCGUCUCUGAAGACUCCUGGCAGCACCGUGCAUGCGCUUGUGUCCCCCCGUCCCUCCGCCGCUGCACCUGCUCCAUUCCACCUCGCCCCCUCGCACGCGACCCAUGUCGCCCCGGUGGGGGCGGGCAGCCGCGCAGUGAGUGGCCCCAUCACGCGCGGGUCGCUCUACUCCACCUUCGGCCUCAUGGCCGAUGCCCGCCCCGCCGCCUCCACCACUGCUGCUGCUGCUGCUGCUGCUGCUAGGCGAAUAGCGGUUCCGGGAACAGCAGGGAGCAGUGGUGGGGCGAGUGGAGCAGCAGCAGCAGGGCGUGGCAGUGGUGGUGGGGUGAGUGCCGUGCGGCUGCACAAGUCGGGCCCCAUCGGCCCCUCCCAUCCCUACUACUCCUCCCUCACCCCCCUCUCCCCUCCUCGCAACAUGCCCCUUCACGCCCUCCCCCCUCCUCCCCUCGACACCCCCCCCACUGCUGCUGCAACGGGUGCCGCUGCUGCAGGAGGCAUCGAAGGUACAGAGGGUGCCGGUGCUGGAGGUGGGGAUGGGGCAGGCAAGGGGAGUGCGGACAGCAGAGCUGGGGGCAGUGGCAGCGCAGGAGUGGCAGGUGGGCAGGGGCAGGCGUCCCCUGCUGCCACCUCCUCCGUCCUGCAGCAUCACCACGGCCGCCCGCCACCCAUCGUUGCAGGGGGAGGGGUGGGAGGAGGGGGCACGGCAGGGCGGGCGCGGGUGGGGGGGGCGUCGCGCAACCUAUCGGUGGCAACGAUCAUGUCGGAGGGCAGUGAGGAGGGCGGAUCCAGCACCAGCAGCAUUGCCACCUCGCCUGCUGCUCGCCCUGUGCCCUCCUGA